CAACCAUUUUCUUGUCCCUGAAACACAGUUUCCACUCCCCGAAAAGCUCCUCACAACCGUCGCAACAAUGGAGCAAACACACGUUCCUCACGUGCUCUUCUUGCCGUUCCCAGCCCAGGGCCACAUCAAGCCCAUGCUGAAUCUAGCCGAGCUUCUUAGCCAUGAGGGUUUUCAAGUCACCUUCGUAAACUCAGAUCACAAUCAUGAUCGUCUACUACACAACAUUGACAUAUCCUCCUUCUAUAAUCGCUUCCCUAAAUUUCAGUUCAGGUCUAUCCCUGAUGGUCUAACGCCCGAUCACCCACGUUUCGGUCUAUACUUUAUAGAUUUGUUUUGCUCCACUAGGGCUGUGUCCAAGCCGGCCUUCCGUGAGUUGUUAAUUUCAUUUAAAGAGGAGAAGGGGCCGUUCCAACUCCCCACCUGCAUAAUCGCAGAUGGUAUUAUGUGUUUUGCCAUUGAUGUUGCAGAAGAGUUUGAAAUUCCUACUAUUACUUUUCGAACUUUCAGUGCUCAUUGCGUGUGGACUUACCUUCAUCUUUCCAAGCUUAUUGAAGAAGGGGAAGUUCCAUUUCCAGAUGAAAACCUUGAGAAGCCCAUUUCAUGCAUUCCUGGGCUAGAAAAUGUUCUUCGCCGAAGAGAUCUUCCAGGGAUUUGUAGAUUCGAAAAGGCCGAUGACCCUGUUUUGCAGUUCUUUGUUAAAGAAACUUCUGCGUUUACUCGAGCUUCCGGUCUUAUACUUAACACCUUCAAUGAAAUUGAAGCUCCUAUGAUAACUAGACUGGGUUCUUUUUUCAACAAAAUUUAUCCCAUUGGUCCCCUACAUGCUUUGAAGUCACGUAUCAAUGACAACUCCUCAUCUUCAACUUCAUCCAACGGUAAUUUGUGGAAAGAGGACAAAAAAUGUUUGAAGUGGCUUGAUUCUCAACCGUCAAAAUCUGUAUUAUAUGUUAGUUUUGGGAGUGUGAUAGAACUCACUCGGGAACAAAUCUUGGAGUUCUGGCAUGGCUUAAUUAACUGUGGAAAAUCUUUCUUAUGGGUCUUAACAUCCGACCUGAUUGUUGGAGAUGCCAGUUUUGGUCAUUUGCUGAUGAAGCUGGAAAGGGAGACCAAGGAAAGAGGGUUAAUAGUUAGUUGGGCUCCCCAAGAGCACGUCUUGUUGCACCCAGCUAUUGGUGGGUUUUUAACCCACAGUGGAUGGAACUCGACGUUAGAGAGUAUUGUUGCUGGAGUGCCUAUGAUUUGUUGGCCAAAAAUAGCUGACCAACAGGUUAACAGUAGGUGUGUAAGUGAUGUUUGGAAAAUUGGAUUUGAUAUGAAGGACAUUUGUGAUAGAUCGAUGGUUGAGAAAUUAGUUAGAGAACUGAUGGAUAAUAGGAGAGACCAGUUCAUGGCAUCAUCUGAUAAACUUUCAAGGUUGGCUUGUGAUAGUAUUAAGGAAGGCGGGUCCUCUUGUAUCAACUUGGAAAAGCUGAUUCAGGAUAUCAAAUCAAUGAGCUCUUAGCUCACAGGUAUGUAAUGUUAAUUACCAUUUGAUUUUUAGCUAACUAUUCAAGUUUUUUGUGUGAUGUAAGAACAAUCUGCUCCAGAAACUGUGCUUACUUGAAUGCUAUCAUUUUCUGAUGAAUAUAAUGCUAUACAUGUCACUCUACUUUAAAAC